AUGGCGCAAGGAAACAUCAAAAUGUCUGGCAAGCCCAAGGCCGCCAAGGCUGUGCACUCGAAGCGCCAGGCCUCCAAGGUGACCAAGGCCGGCAGCAAGCAGUCCAAGGACACGCUCAACAAAAAGUUUACGUCGGGCCUCACGGCCAAGACGGAGGCGCUGCUGGGCGAGCGCGCCGGUCAUCUGGAGCUCAUUGGCAAGGGGAAAAAGGGAAAGAAGCUGACGCAAAAGGGCGGCUCCAGAAAGUUUGGUUAA